AUGGGUCCUCUUCAAUGGAUUGAACAACAUUCACCAAAUCAAGGUCGUGCUCGUCAAAUAUUUCUUCUGACUGAUGGUGAAAUAUCAAAUGUUACGGCAGUCCUUGAUUCAUGUCGUUCAAUGGCUUCGUCUACUCGAAUCUUUUUUUUUGGUUUGGGAAAAUCACCUAGUCAAUCUUUAGUUAAAGGUUUUGCUCGAUCAACCAAUGGUCGAUUUGUUUUCGUUCCACCAAAUUCAAGUAUCGAUGUAUAUGUAGGAGAACAGUUACAGAGAGCUCUUCAACCAUGCAUUACUAAUAUUCAUGUCAAUUGGAACCUUGACGUUAAUGUUCAAAUUCAAACUGCUCCAAAACAAUUACCUCCUGUUUACCUUAAUGAUUGUCUUAUUGUUUAUGCUCUUACUAAUGAUACAACAAUCCCAUUUGAUCAUAGUUCUUCUGUAGAACUUCAAAUUGAACCUAAUCAUCGUUUCCUAGCUGUAGCAAAAGUCAAUCAAAUACCGAGCAUUGCUGAUAAUAAAACAAUUGCACGUUUAGCGGCCAAAGCGCUUAUUCUGGAAUUACAACAUGCUAAACUUCCGUCAUCAACUGCCAACAAAAGAAAAACAGGUUCGACACAAGCACGAUUUCAAAAUAUGGUAGUACUCUGA